CGGUGUUUGAGUGUCUGAUGUACAUACACAGCCCGGCGUCCAGAGCGGACAUGCGGCGGCUCCAAGGGGAGAAGGACUCACGCAUCUCUCGGUGGGCUUUAAUUGGAAGCGUCACCUCCCACACCGCGUACUGAUAUCGGUCCCGAAUGAGUUGCAGCCAUGGAGCAAGUUCAGGUGAAAGAGAUAGAGAAGCUCAACCCAGCGGCGACGGCCAACUGGUUCUCAAAGAUUUUCUUCUGCUGGCUGAACCCCUUGUUUCGUAUCGGUUACAAACGGUCCCUGGAAGAAGAAGACUUGUACAACGUGCUGCCGGAGUUCCGCUCAAAAACACUGGGGUUGACCUUGCAAAGCUACUGGGAUGAAGAGUGCCUGAAGAGUGCCAAAGAGCUGAAGAAACCAAGCUUCUGCAAAGCCGUCAUCCGUUGCUACUGGAAAUCCUAUUCACUACUUGGCAUCUUCACAUUCAUUGAGGAGGCGACCAAGAUUGUCCAGCCGGUGCUGCUGGGGUACCUGUUGCGCUACUUUGAGACUUAUGACCCCAAUGAUUACCAUGGUCUGGAGCUGGCCUGCUACUACGCCCUCGGCAUGUCCCUGUGCCUCCUUCUGCUGGCGGUGAUGCAUCACAUAUUAUUCUUCAAUACCCAAAAGGCGGGCAUGAAGAUACGGGUGGCCAUGUGUAACAUGAUCUUCAGGAAGGCCUUAUGUCUCAGCAACUCGGCCAGAGGGAAAACGACCACGGGUCAGAUUGUCAACCUCCUCUCAAACGACGUCAGCAAGUUUGACGAUCUUACUAUUUUCCUGCACUACCUGUGGGUGGGGCCUAUCCAGGUAGCGGUGGUGCUCGCCCUUCUGUGGGGAGAAAUCGGCCCCUCGUGUUUGGUGGGAAUAGCACUCCUCAUCUUUCUGAUGCCCCUGCAAACCCAGUUUGGGAGGAUGUUCUCAGUUUACAGGAGCAGGACGGCGGUGCUCACAGACCAAAGGAUUCGCACCAUGAACGAAGUGGUUACCGGCAUGCGCAUCAUCAAGAUGUACGCCUGGGAGAAGCCCUUCGCGGCCCUUGUUUCAGAGUACAGAACGGAGGAGAUCGUCAACUUGAUGAAGAGCUCCAUGCUGCGAGCCGCAAACAUGGCCACCUUCUUCUCGGCCAGCAAAAUCAUCGUUCUCCUCACCUUCGCUGUGUACGUGAUGCUGGGCAACACCAUCACGGCCAGCCGCGUGUUCGUCACCGUGUCGCUGUAUGGCGCCAUCCGACUCACCGUCACGCUCUUCUUCUCCAGUGCCCUCGAGAGGCUCUUUGAGAGUCUCGUGAGCAUUGAACGGAUCCAGACCUUCCUGAAUCUAGAGGAAUUGCCCAAGAACACCAAUGUGUUCUGCCAGCCAAAGGAUGCCUCUGUGAUCAUCCAGGAACUCGUCUGCUACUGGGACAAGAACCAAGACGCACCCUCCCUCCAGAACAUCUCGUUGAGUGUCGGCUCGAGGCAGCUGGUGGCGGUGAUUGGACCUGUGGGCGCCGGAAAGUCCUCCCUGCUGAGUGCCAUCCUGGGAGAGCUGCCCCUUGACAAGGGGGUGGUCAAGGUGAAGGGGCAGCUGACCUACGCCUGCCAACAGCCCUGGGUGUUCCCCGGGACCAUCCGCGACAACAUCCUGUUCGGCAAAGAGCUAGACCCCGCCAAGUACGAGAAGGUGCUGCGGGCCUGCGCCCUGAAGAGGGACAUGGAGUUGCUGCCAGACGGGGACCUGACUCUGAUCGGGGACCGGGGAGCCACACUCAGUGGGGGGCAGAAGGCUCGCGUCAACCUGGCCAGAGCUGUGUACCAGGAUGCUGACAUCUAUCUCCUUGACGACCCUCUCAGUGCUGUGGAUGGCGAGGUCGGGAGGCACCUGUUUGAAAAGUGUAUCUGUGGUAUUCUGAAGGACAAGCCCAGGAUCCUGGUCACCCAUCAGCUGCAGUACCUGAAAGUCGCCGACCAGAUCCUGGUUCUCAAGGAGGGUAACGUGGUGGCCCAGGGGGGGUAUACAGACCUGCAGAGGUCUGGACUGGACUUCACCUCUCUGCUGAAACACGAGGAGGAAGGGGAGGGGAAGUUGGAGGAUUUGGCACGCAGCCGAACAGUCUCCUCCAACUCCUCGCCCAAUGAAGAAGCAGACCAGCUGCCGGCAGAACAUACCCAAACAGCUGUGGAGGAGGGCCGAUCGCAGGGGACUAUCAGCACGGACAUGUACUACAAGUACUUGCGUGCUGGAGCGAACAUCUUUGUUCUGGUAGUGCUCUUUGUGGUCAACAUAGUCGCUCAGGUGGCCUACAUCCUUCAGGACUGGUGGUUGUCUGAAUGGUCCGAUAGGCAAGGCAGCCUGACGGCCGACAUAAAUAACAACAUCAUCAAUGCCACCGAGGUGUUGGAUAUACCCUUUUACCUGGGAAUAUACGGAGGUCUGACUGCAGCCACGCUACUUUUUGGGCUCGUCAGGGCAAUGCUCUUCUUCUAUGUGCUGGUGAAGAGCACGGAGACCCUGCACAAACGCAUGUUCGACACCAUAUUGCGAGCGCCCGUGCACUUCUUCGACGUGAACCCCAUCGGCAGGGUUCUGAACCGGUUCUCCAAGGACAUCGGCCAGAUGGACGUGUUGCUACCCAUCACCUUUGUGGACGCCUGCCAGGUCAUUCUGCAGACGAUCGGUGUGAUUGUGGUUUCGGCGAUGGUCGUUCCCUGGAUCUUAAUCCUGGUCGUACCGUUCCUCAUAAUCUUUUUGUUCCUCCGCCGCUACUUCCUGCAAACCUCCAGGGACAUAAAGCGACUCGAGGGGACCACUCGAAGUCCCGUGUUCUCCCACCUGUCCUCCUCGCUACAGGGCCUGUGGACCAUCAGGGCCUUCAGAGCCGAGCAGCGCUUCCAGAACGUCUUUGACGCCCACCAGGACCUGCACUCAGAGACCUGGUACCUGUUCCUGACCUCUUCCCGUUGGUUCGCCAUGCGCCUGGACCUGUUGUGCGCCGUCUUUGUCAUCAUCCUCAUAUAUGCCUGCGUGCUGCUCCGAGAUAACCUAGGUGCAGGGGAUGUGGGGCUGGCUUUGUCCUACGCAAUCACCCUCAUGGGGAUGUUCCAGUGGGGAGUCCGGCAGUCAGCGGAAGUGGAGAACUUGAUGACCUCAGUGGAGCGAGUGAUGGAGUACACAGAGCUGGAGAGCGAAGCACCAUGGGAAACCGAGAAGCGUCCCCCGCUUGACUGGCCGAGCCAAGGCCUGGUGACCUUCGACGGGGUCAACUUCUCCUACAGCGCAGACGGGCCGGUGGUCCUCCGUAACAUGAACGCCACGUUCCUACCCAGGGAGAAGGUGGGCGUGGUGGGGAGAACCGGUGCUGGGAAGAGCUCCCUGGUGUCGGCCCUGUUCCGCCUGGCAGAACCCCAGGGGAAGAUCUACGUGGACGGAAUACUGACCUCUGAGCUCGGCCUCCACGACCUGCGCCAGAAGAUGUCCAUUAUUCCUCAGGAUCCUGUGCUCUUCACUGACACCAUGAGGAAGAACCUGGACCCUUUCAACCAGCACUCUGAUGAAGAGCUCUGGAACUCUCUGCAGGAGGUUCAGCUGAAGUCUGUGGUGGAGGAGCUUCCCGCCAAGAUGGAGACGCUACUGGCCGAGUCGGGCUCCAACUUCAGCGUGGGCCAGAGGCAGCUGGUAUGUCUGGCCAGAGCCAUCCUGAGGAAGAACCGCAUUCUCAUCAUCGAUGAGGCCACGGCAAACGUCGACCCCAGGACGGACGAGCUGAUCCAGAGGACGAUCCGGGAAAAGUUCAGAGAUUGCACGGUGCUCACCAUCGCUCACAGGCUCAACACCAUCAUAGACAGCGACCGCAUCAUGGUGCUCGACGCGGGGGAGAUCCAGGCCUACGACGCGCCCUACACCCUCCUGCAAGACCCCGAGGGCAUCUUCUAUAAGAUGGUGCAGCAGACCGGCCAGCAGGAGGCAGAGGACCUCUUGGCCUCCGCGAAGCAGGCCUACGAGAACAAGAGUCAGCCCAGCAGCAAGCACGGCAGCACCACCAACGUCAACCUGGUGAUCCACGAGACGCCCAUGUAAAACCACUCAGCCAAUCUCUGCCUUCAUACAAGAGUGGCGGUGCUACACUAUAACAGUGCUUGCGGUAAUGACGGAAGAGUUGGGCUUUGAGAACAUGCGGCUCUUCUAAGCCACAAGUGGAAUCAGGAUGUUCUCGGGUAUGGGAGUUCUUUCAAACCAAGUGUUAAUAGACACUGGUGUAAGAAAUGAAACAAAAACCAACUACACAACCUCAAAUUAUUAUUUACCUUAUCAAGGUGUUGUUGUUAUGCAAAAUGGCUUCAUAGCUGGCUGCUGCUUUGUUAAGUGCCUUUACCACGUUUCAAGAUCAGUGAAAACUUUACUUUUCACUUAAAUCUUUUCAAGGACAAUUGUGCGUUUUCAGUGCCUUGCUAUGGUUCUGAUCUCAAUCUCAGGUGAGGAAAACCUUUCAUAAUUUUUGGUUCAGGUUCCUAAAAUAAUCCUGAUGAAUGUAUUAAAUGCUAAGCCAUGUCACGGUCAACUAGAACAAGCUGUACCUACCCAUAAGUUGGGUGUAAAUGCAAGUUUAACAGCACCUCCUGUUGGCCAUGAUGUUGCCUGCAUGUCCUUAGAGUUGGUGAGGCCUGUGUUGUCUUAUUGUAAAAGCCUUUAAGCAAGCACAGCCAAAAAGUGAGAUUUUCCAAGACACAAUUAUCGUCCUACAUGCAUUUCUGCAAUUUGAGUUUCCGUUUGGAUUGUAAUUGUUAUUGUACUUUUAACAAAGAGAUUGAGCGAGAGAGUUACCCUUGAAUUCUCAACAAUCUAUAUGUAAAUGUUUUUCAGUAGCAUUUUAUUGUGAUGUUAAGAGUUAUUUAGUUCUUAUUCUUGCAUCAGGGAAAAACAUUUUUUUUUAAGUUUAUGUAAAUGGAAGAAUGCUGAGACAAAUGUUGAAUGUAAUUGAGUAAUGCUCUGUUCACAACUGGUUGCAGUGUUGCCUUUCAAUACAUUUAUUUCAAUGGAAGAUGGAUGAUUGACAGUAACGGAUCCAUUGGAAAUCGGCGGAUAUGUUUGAAAAUGUCAAUACUAUAUUUGUGGUUGGGACUGAAAUCAACCAUAAAAGUCAUCUAACACAAUUUGUUGCUUGUUUUCCUUUACUAAAUUAUGGAUUUUUACUUCUUGAUGAAUUAAGCCUCAAACCUGGACUAUUAUGACUGUUGCUAUUUAUUUAAGUAUCGGACCUAGAAAGUUUCUCAAGAGAAAAAACACUUCCAUCUGAGUCAAUCCAUCCAGGGUAUUUUAAGUCUUAUAAGUACUGUUCCACUUCUGCAGGCAAAAGCAACUGUCUACAACUGUAAGGCCACUAGAGGCUACCUAAUGAAAAAAUGUACUCCCUAGUGAACAAACUACCAUUGGCAAACGUUUAUAUAAGAUCAAAAUGUGUCCAUCUCAUGACAAAAAUGACGAGGAUUUAAUUCUUAUCAGCUAUAUAUUUUUAUAGAUAUGAAAUGAUAUAAAUAUUAAUUAGGUGAAAGCUGUGUGAAGCGCUAGUUAUUCGUAAUUUAAACAGAUUUUCUGUGUAAUUUUAUUUUGUUUCUUUUUACCCUCUUAGUAUAGGCCUACUUAGAGUUGGUCUCCUUGACUUCCUCUGGUCCCUGGGUGAAGAUGUGACCCGCCAAAGGUGAUGUCUUCAUCACAAAAGCUAGAUAUUUCAGACGUCGCGGAGGAAUACAAAGUAUUGAAUUGAAUUGAAAAAGGUUUUAUUUCAAACAAGUAAAUAAUAAUUAAAAAAUAAUAAUAAUAAACAAUCAAAUAAAUGAAACAAGUGGACAGUUACAAUAAAGUAAUGUUUACACACAAUGAAAACCACAAAAGAAGAAACUGUCUUACACUUGCUUUACCUGUUCGAAAAGGGGUGAGAAGAAGAAAACUUAUUUAAUCGCACCCCUUCUUCCUAAUUUAUUUAUCUAUAAUGAUUAGCUUCCUUAUAUAAUAAUCAUCAAAAAAUAAUUGUAUAUUAAUAUACAUUAGUUUACAAUAUGAUACAAUUCAUUACUACCUGCAUAUUUAUCUAAUAAUAUUGUCAAUUUAUCUUUUAAUAUCUAAUUAAACAUUCAAUAUUCUAAAGUGAUUGUCCAAUAUAUACAUGCAUGAAAACAUAUACACUAUGUUAGACACCUUCUUCAUCCCUGUACCUUGUAAAAAUCAAUUCUUUGUAUUUUAUUUUAAACUGAUUAAUGUUUGAACAUUCCUUGAUCUCCCCACUCAAACUGUUCCACAGUCUUACACCACAUAUUGAAAUACAAAACAUUUUCCUGGUCGUACGGACGCUGUUCACUUUGAAAUUUAAUUUUCCCCUUAAAUUAUAACCCCCCUCACGAUCACUGAAUAAUUUUUGUAUGUUUAAGGGUAAUAUGUUGAUUUUAGCCUUAAACAUUAUCUGUGUGGUUUGAAAUUCCACCAGACCUGUGAAUUUUAAUAAUUUUGACCGUAUGAAUAGUGGGUUAGUGUGAUCCAGAUAUCUCACAUUGUGAAUAAUGCGAAUGGCUUUUUUUUUGGAGAAUAGUAAGUGAAUGUAAUGAAGUUUUGUACGUGUUGCCCCAGACUUCCGUACAGUAAUUGAGGUAUGGUAAGACUAGUGAGCAGUAGAGAAUACGGAGUGAUUUUUGAUCUAGAACCAAUUUUACUUUGUUUAAUACAUAAAUGCUUCUUGAUAGUUUUGAUUGUACGUGUGCAAUGUGUGAUUUCCAACUGAAUCGUUCGUCGAUUAUAAUCCCAAGAAAUGUAUUUUCGUAAACUCUUUCAAUUUCAACUCCAUUUAUAUUUAUAUGUAUUUCUGUGUUCUUUCUGCAGUUACCAAAUAACAUUAAUUUUGUUUUGCUUAAGUUUAAUGAUAGUUUGUUUGUAUCAAACCAUGUUUUUAUUUUGCUCAUUUCCUUAGUGAUGAUUUUUUCUAGUUUUAAAUUCUCCCCAGAACAGAAAAUAUUAGUGUCAUCAGCAAACAAAACCAACCUCAAGACAUUUGAAACAUUACAAAUAUCAUUAAUAUACAAUAUGAACAGUUUAGGACCCAACACUGACCCCUGAGGGACGCCACAUGCAAUGUCCAAACAUGUUGAAGAACAAUUCCCCAACUUCACAAACUGCUGUCUUUUGCUCAAAUAGCUUUAACCCAAUCCAAUACUAUCCCCCUUAUUCCAUACCUUUCCAAUUUAUCAAAUAAAAUGUCAUGAUUGAUUGUAUCGAAAGCUUUUCUGAUAUCAAUAAAUACCCCUACUGCA